GCCUUCCACAAGAAGAUAGUUGCAGUAAGUGUUUAUACUUCGUUAAGUAUACCUGAGUCGAGAAGCAUUUAUGACAAAUUGAACAACAAAAAUAUUGAAGGAUAUGUAUGGGUUAAUAUAGUGGCCAUUCCAGGUCUUGGUGAUAGGAGAAAGAAAACUAUCAAAAAGCUAAAAAAAAUCCAUAGCUUUUUGUGCUCUAAUUGGUUUACAGCAAUUUUGUUAUCUAAGGAUGUUUUGGGAUCUUUUUUUCUGUUCCGUAUUUCUUCCCCUUCUUACUCUUCACCAAGUUUUUUAAAGAUUGACAAAGUGCAUUUUGAACCUGUUGGAAGUGAGCCUAACUCUAUACGCUACUGUAAAAAAACUUAUAAUAAAUGUUCUAUUCAUAAUCAAAAAGAAGUUGAACAUAACAUAGAACGUUUUUCUGAAUACGAAUUCAUUAAAAAUACAAUCUCAACUUCUAAUAAAAAACGAUUAACAAAUUGUCAAUGUGGCUAUGAGGAUUUAAAUGAUUUUUCAGAAUGUAAAUGGUGUACUUUAGAAUGUUGUUCUCAACAAAAUAAAAAGGUUCAAAAUAAAAGGGAAAAGAAUCAAUCUCAAGAUCAACUAUUGAAAGAUGCGCAAGAAUGUAUGGAUGAUAUUCUU